UCCUUUUCGACCUCUUUCGACUUCUAUUUUGUGUAGAACGUUAGUGUUUUGUGGUCGGUGAUUCAUGGAAAUCCUCAACAAAGGUCGAUCGCCAGCUCUGUGAGAAGUAAUGGACUUAUGUCAUGUUGCCCGACGAAAUCAACUGGCAGAUUGGAGAUCUGCGUGAACUUGCGGGAUAAAAUACGGAAUUUGCUUUACCAGGUGGCACAAGCAUCAUGUCUCUCCCCGCUCUGUUUCGGUUCCGCCAGUCGACGCACCGACAAGCCCGCUCACUGAUUUGGAAGACGUGCAAAAUUUCCAUCAACCGGAGACCGCAAUGUCGCUUUUCAGACGAGUACGCCGACCAGACGAUCGAUACCAGGCUAGGUGGGGUAGUUCCAAUUAAAGGGAGGAGGAAUGUGACACUACGCGAGUUGGAUCGCGCUUCCUAUUGGCUGGACUCACCCACGUCAGUACGUACCAACUUAAUAACAAACUAACCAUUGAUCGAACUGGUUUAAAUUGUGCGGAGCAUUGUGCUUGAGGCUCGACAUGAUGCAUUUUGCGUAAUGCUGGAACUGACGUGUUCUGCUGUCUUGCGGUACUAGUCGAAUGCUGCGUUAUAUUGAGAGUUGUAGUUUCGCACGGGCUGAGCUGUAACACACUGGAUGAACCGGAUACGAUUAUUUAUCGGACUAACGAACUUGAGCUUAACCGAUGCGUUUUUUCUGUCUCAUUGGAGAAGCUGUGUUGGGAAGUACGGGUCCUUUGAAUCAUGCUUUCUGCGAAUUUUGACAGCAAAUGAAAGUUCGAGUAUCCUCAUUACAAAAGCAGAUCAAUGCGAGUCGAUGCAAUGCUACGCUUGAUGCAGCUUACGCGUUCCCGAUUGGUUCGCGCUGGCGAAACGGCUGAACAGGCGCAGGUGUGGACCGGUAAGGAGAUCUCCGGUUUGCUUGCCACCGUGGGAAUUGGGCCCGACAAAAUACCCACAAUGGAACGAGCUUUUCGUAAAUUGGCAGAGGCAUCUUAUGAGGCCAAGGAUCGGCAUGACAGGGCUCCUGGUGGUGCAGAGCCACCUAGACCAUCGAUAAGCAACCCAAAUUUGUUCGAGGCUCUUUUCGUCGUGUUGCGGUACAUGUUUCGUAAUAACCAAGCGAAUCUGACAGAUUAUCGCGUCGUUUUGAUGGAGAGCAUAAACUACGAACGCAAAUUCUCUAACCACCACUCCUUUGACGAGAACCCGGAAACAACUACAACCAGUCCGUGGUUCAGCAAACGUGCAUCCAAGCCCUCUUACACGGAAUCCCGCGAGCUCAGUCUGAACUUUUGGUGUCUCAACCCGUCCGUUGUGUUUUCCGAAUUGGCUUCCGAGGCACGCUGCCUUAUUCUCGUCAGCGGCACUCUGUCUCCUUUGGAUGCGUUGGAAGCGGAGCUGGGAGUAACUUUUCCGAUCCGACUGGAGGCUGGGCACGUGAUCACUGCGGACAGAGUUAUUGUCACCACUUUAUCCCACGGUCCCAGUGGUAUCCGUUUGUGCGGCACUUACCAGCACCAAAGCACUUACACAUACCAGGAUGAGUUGGGCCAACUUAUACUCCAGGCAUGCUACAUAGUUCCUGGUGGUAUCCUUUGCUUUCUCCCAUCAUACGCUUUACUGGACAAAUUGGUCCAACGAUGGGAGACCACAGGCUUGAUUUCUCAGUUACGGCAAGUUAAACACGUUAUGAUAGAACCUCGCACUUCUGUCGGUCUUGAUGCUUGGCUGAAAGAAUUUUACUCAUUCGUGGACAAAUUCGACUCCGCCGUUAUGCAUCGACAACCACUCUCUGAAUCAAACCCCAAAGUCACCAUAGAUUUCGAUAAUUUGCCUGGUUGCUACGAUAAGCAACUAACUGGAGCGAUUGUUUUUGCUGUCUGUCGCGGGAAGGUCAGUGAGGGCCUAGAUUUUGCCGACUCCUACGGUCGUUUGGUUAUUGCCGUUGGAAUCCCUUAUCCGGCAUUCAAAAACCCUUUGGUGCAGCAGAAGCGGGAGUUCAACGACUAUUGUCGCCGACUUUUAUCUUGCCCAAAGUCACCAUCCAACACCUGCAGCCAACCAAUUACUUCCUUGAAUGGCUCUUUUAAUGAUACCACUUCUGCGCGAUCGUCAUCAACUGAGGUGAAGAGGGUACGCGUAUUAAACGGAUCGGAAUGGUACGACGCCCAGGCGUAUCGAGCAUUAAAUCAAGCCCUGGGCCGAUGCAUUCGUCACAUGAAUGACUGGGGCGCUGUCCUACUUGUCGACGCUCGGUUUGUGGAACAACCUUCUCGUUACAUGUCGGGAAUCAGUCGAUGGAUACGGCAGCGCACCACACGUCACACUCAUUGGUCAUCGGUCGCUUGCUCACUAAAAGAAUUUGUGGAUCGUCACAAAACGACGGCGAAGAUCGAACAACAGACCGCGGAGUUGAGUGACAUAUUCGACGAAUGAAUUUAUCCACACACCUUGUACAUAAAUGUAUAGUAUUCUUCCAUCUGAUCUCCUUUUCUUGGAGGUUCGUUGUUCGAUACCCUCGUGCACCCUUGAUUUUACUGUAGUAUCGUAAAUUGUCGAACUCAUAUUGCUUCGUCUCGUCCAUAUCUUUGCACUGAUUUAUUUGAAAUAUACACCAAUUGCGCUCUUCCUU